CAAGCUUUAAAAUUAUUUCAAUUAGGUAUUGAAAAAAAUACAUUUCAGCCAAAUUCUGUUACUUAUUUAACAAUACUUGAUAUAUGUAAAGAAUUAAAAUCUUUACCAACCGUUCGUAAAAUUCAUCAUUUAAUUGAUGAAUCAAAAAAUCUUAAUAAUGAUGAUAUACAAAAUAAUCCACGUAUACGAUCACUAUUAAUGGAUGUUUAUAUAAAAUGUCAAGAUAUUGAUAGUGCUUAUAAAAUAUUUCAAUCAAUGAAUGAACGUAAUUUAAUUGAUUAUUGUGCUAUAAUGACUGGUUUUAAUCAUCAAAAACAAUAUGAAAAAACAUUUGAACUUUCAAAACAAAUUCCACCAUCAAUAAAAUAUUCAUCACCUGUUCUUUGUACACUUAUUUUACAAGCAUGUAUUGAAUUAAAUAAAUAUAAUGAUGGUUAUAAAAUUCAUCAAUAUGGAAAAAAAUUUCUUCCAAAUAAUAAAAUAUUUAUGAAUGAAUUACUUAAUUUUUAUUUAAAAUUUCAUCAAGAAAAACAAGCAUUAGAUAUAUUUGAUAAAUAUCAAAAUCAACAAACAAUUAUUGAUUAUAGUUUAUUAAUGAAAUAUUAUAAUCGACAAUAUCAACCAGAUAAAACAAUUGAGUUAUACCAUCGUUUAAAAAAUCAUUCACAUAUUCAAAUUGAUCAUAUUAUUUAUGUACUUGUUUUACAAGCAAUUGCUAAUGGAUGUUGUUUACAUACAAGUGAACAAAUUUAUGAUCAGAUUAAAAAAUCUCAAACACAUAUGGAUAUUAAUAAUGCACUUAUCAACAUGUACGGUAAUUGAAUGGAUAUUUGAUUCUUUUUUCGGGUGUACGAAUCGAACUGACGGAUGGGCGUCAGAGAUGGGCAACUUCAACUUCGGACUUGACGCGUUUUUUACCUGGAGUUGGAGUUGCUUACCCCCGGAGUUACCCAUCUCUGGUGGGCGUCACCCACUCGGCCCAUACGCUAGAUAAAACAUUGACCGAAGAAAUAUAAAUUCAAGAUCUUCAUCAUAACGUAGUUGAAUCGCAUUAUUAAGAGAAUAUAUUUUGUUCGAGUGACAGUAGAGAUGAUCAAUAGAUUUGUAUUUAUAUUUUGUCGUAGAGAAUUAAACUAGGGAUGUACCGAGC